GGAAUUCCGACACAACCACUGACGUCAUCACACAGUGACAUCACACAGUGACAUCACAGUGACAUCACACAGUGAAGACUGGAAGGUUGUCACUAGAUAACUUGUGACAUCGCAUGACAUCAUAAGACAUGAUAUGACAUGAUAUGACAUCAUUUAACAUCAUUUAAUAUCUUCACCUCACCUCUGUAACUGGUGUAUAUCAGAGCAAACGGAUGUCUGUUGACUUAUACACCAAGACAACCAAAGGCUCUACGAGGCACGACAAGCAAGGAUCUACAAGAACCUCACAUUUCUCUGAAAGAAAUACCAAGUGUACAUCAACUUUUUUAAAUUUCAAGACAAAAAGUUCAUUCAAAAUGUCACACGUGGAAGAAUUUCAGCAGAUGGAUGUUUCCAUUAAAGAAAUGAACAACAUCACAGAGAGAAUUCUGCAGCAAAAUGACACAUUGAGCAAACAUGCUGAGGCUCUUUCCAAGGAAUUGCAAACGAGGAAAGAUUUAGAUGCUUCAUACAAAGACCUAAAAAAAUCCCAGAAAGCUGCUUUUAAGGAAAACAAAAAACUGGUGAAGCAGGUGGAGAAUCUAAGAAGGGACGUGGAACAGGAGAUCCACGUGGAACAAAUGUAUGAAGAAGAGAGGGUAAAAACGUCUCAGGUCUCAGAAAGUAAUCAAGAACUGAAAACAGUAACAGCCGGACUUCAGUCCAAACUUCAGCGACUGCGAGAAAUGAAAGAAGAAAUUUCUGGCUUCAAGGCUGAGCAAAACAGUUUGGAACAAGAGAACAAAUCUCUGCAAUCUCAACUGAAGAAAUUUCAGAAGAAGAUUGAACGCAAACUACACGUGGAACAGGAUUUGAGAAACGCAUUUGAUCAAUUCCAGGCUUUGUCACAACAAACUGAAGAACUAAGGCAAAACCUCCAGGAGUUACAAAAACAAAAUGACGAACGAAAGAGGAUGGAAAAGGAAUACCCCUCAAUGACAGAAGAACGGCAACAACUCACAGAGCUGAAAGCUCAACUGGAGAAAGAGAUUUUGGAUCAGACACAGCAGACACGUUGGCUGAUUGUUCGUCAGGAGGAGGAUAAGAGACGACUGGAACUGCUUCAGGAGGAAACCAAAGCACUCGCAGCUGAAAACUUGAAGGUAAAGGAAGAACACAACCUUCUCCAUAGUCAAAUCCAAGACUUCCAGAAGAAAAAUAAGGAUACUCUGGAUGAGGUUAAAGCUGAACAUCACAGACUCUCAGAAGAAAAGUCCCACCUUACAGACAAGAAGGAGAAGCUUGAGAAAAAGCUUUUACAUCUGAAACAGCAGCAAGAAGAAGUGGUUGAACUGGCUGCUCAGUACAACACUGCGCUGGACAAGGUGGGGCACCUUCGAGAGGAAACUAAGAACCUCAAGAAGGAAAGAAAAGGGCUGGUCGGCCUUCUGCAGCAACGUCAAACAUUUGAGACUGAAUGCAAUGAUAUAAAAGCUGAAACUGACAAGGUGGAAGCUGAAAACAUUCAUCUUCAUGUUAAAGUUGCUGACCUGCAGAAGAAGCUUUCAAAUCUGAACGAUGUUGAGGACAGAGUAACAAAGGCGAAGGAGAAAAAUUUGAAGGCAAAGAAAGACCACGACCUUCUCCAGAACCAGAUCCAAGACCUGCAGGUCCAGAUGGAGGUUCCACAACAAGCAAUUGUUGUUUUAGAGAAGGAAAUCCAAGAUCUUCAGAAGAAAGCUAAGGAUCUUAAUGUUGAAGUUGCUGACCUGCAGAAGAAGCUUUCAAAUCUAAACGAUGUUCAGGACAGAGUAACAAAGGCGAAGGAGAAAAAUUUGAAGGCAAAGAAAGACCACGACCUUCUCCAGAACCAGAUCCAAGACCUGCAGGUCCAGAUGGAGGUUCCACAACAAGCCAUCAUUGUUUUAGAGAAGGAAAUCCAAGAUCUUCAGAAGAAAGCUAAGGAACUUAAUGAGGUUAAAGCUGAAUAUAGCAGAAUCUCAGAAGAAAAGUUCCAACUUGAAGACAAGAAGGAGAAGCUUGAGAAAAAGCUUUUACAUCUGAAACAGCAGCAAGAAGAAGUGGUUGGACUGGCUGCUCAGUACAACACUGCACUGGACAAAGUGGGGCACCUUCGAGAGGAAACUAAGAACCUCAAGGAGGAAAGAAAAGGGCUGGUCAGCCUUCUGCAGCAACGUCAAACAUUGGAGACUGAAUGCAAUGAUAUAAAAGCUGAAACUGACAAGGUGGAAGCUGAAAACAUUCAUCUUCAUGUUAAAGUUGCUGACCUGCAGAAGAAGCUUUCAAAUCUGAACGAUGUUGAGGACAGAGUUACAAAGGCGAAGGAGAAAAAUUUGAAGGCAAAGAAAGACCACGACCUUCUCCAGAACCAGAUCCAAGACCUGCAGGUCCAGAUGGACGUUCCACAACAAGCAAUCGUUGCUUUAGAGAAGGAAAUCAAAGAUCUUAAAAAGAAAGCUAAGGAUCUUAAUGAGGCUAAAGCUGAAUAUACCAGAAUCUCAGAAGAAAAGUCCCAACUUGAAGACAAGAAGGAGAAGCUUGAGAAAAAGCUUUUACAUCUGAAACAGCAGCAAGAAGAAGUGGUUGGACUGGCUGCUCAGUACAACACUGCGCUGGACAAAGUGGGGCACCUUCGAGAGGAAACUAAGAACCUCAAGGAGGAAAGAAAAGGGCUGGUUGGCCUUCUGCAGCAACGUCAAACAUUGGAGACUGAAUGCAAUGAUAUGAAAGCUGAAACUGACAAGGUGGAAGCUGAAAACAUUCAUCUUCAUGUUAAAGUUGCUGACCUGCAGAAGCAGCUUUCAAAUCUGAACAAUGUUGAGGACAGAGUAACAAAGGCGAAGGAGAAAAAUUUGAAGGCAAAGAAAGACCACGACCUUCUCCAGAACCAGAUCCAAGACCUGCAGGUCCAGAUGGAGGUUCCACAACAAGCAAUCGUUGUUUUAGAGAAGGAAAUCCAAGAUCUUCAGAAGAAAGCUAAGGAUCUUAAUGAGGCUAAAGCUGAAUAUAGCAGAAUCUCAGAAGAAAAGUCCCAACUUGAAGACAAGAAGGAGAAGCUUGAGAAAAAGGUUUCACAUCUGAAACAAUGGGUUCUAGGUGACGAGUCAGACUAA